AUCCGUUCCCCGAGCACCUAUAUCUGCACGCCCCGUCGAGAUCCUCACCGUUUGUGAUCCUCUUCUCCAUGUGUCGCUUUCUUCUCAACCAUGGGUGUGAUCCAGGGCUUAGUGGCCGGCCUUUCAUCGGUCGCUGACUCCCCUACUGCCUUGUGUGCCAUUGUGACAGCCGUCUGGUUCGUAUACUUCGUCGGGUUGGGAAUCUACCGCCUCACUCUGCACCCAUUGGCCCAGUUUCCGGGACCGAAGCUCGCCGCCUUUACGUACUGGUAUGAAACAUACUAUGAGGUCUUCAAAUCGCCGGGUGGCCAGUUUCUCUUUCAAUACCAUCGCCUGCAUGACAAGUACGGACCCAUCAUCCGCAUCAGUCCCGAUGAGAUCCAUAUCCGAGACUCUUCCUUUUUCGAAGAGAUAUUCUCCAAUUCCUUGCCGUGGGAUAAGUUGGAACAUCUUCAACAUCGCUUCAACAACUCCACAGGCACUUUUUCGACCCCCAAGCAUGAAGCCCAUCGUCCCAGACGCGCCGCCUUGAACCCGUUCUUCUCCAAGCGAUCAAUUGCCAACGCUAGCCCCAUGAUGCAGGAGAAGCUCUACAAGCUCUGUGAUCGGCUUCGUCGAGAAUACAAAGGGACGGGGAAGAUCCUGCGUCUCGAUUGGCUAUGGGGAUGCAUUGCUGCGGAUAUCAUUGUCCAAUACUGUUUUAAUGACGGUUACGGGUUCAUCGACGCACCGGACUUUCGAUCUCCAUUUAUCCAGGCAAUGUUCGAUUUGCUAGAUGCCGUGCACGUAUUUGUCCAGUUCCCUUGGGUGGGCACUAUAAUCAAUGCACUCCCGGAGAAGUUGGUGGAAGCAGUGCAGCCUGGGAUGAAGUCGGUUAAUCAUUACAACAGGGAAAUGGCCACGCAAAUCUCCCAAAUCCUCACCCAGAAAGCAAACGGCACAACCAAAGAAUCCCAACGUAAAACCGUCUUCAACACCCUACUGGAAUCAGACCUACCGCCCGAAGAAACAAGUCUAUCACGACUUCAACACGAAGCCAUCACAGUCAUUGGCGCUGGUUUUGAAACCACCCGAUACGCUCUCGCAGUCGCCAGCUACCACAUUCUUAGCACGCCAUCAACAUAUGAACGCCUACGCAAUGAGCUCUUCACGGCGAUCCCAGAUCCGACCAACUUCCCUCCACUAAGCGAACUCGAAAAACUCCCAUACCUAACCGCAUGCCUCCAAGAAUGCAUCCGCCUCUCCUACGGCAUAAUCCAACGCUCUCCCCGGACCACCGACAAAUUCCCCCUCGUCUACAAAACCUGGACCAUCCCCCCAGGCAGCAUAAUCAGCAUGGACAACUACUCCGUCUCCCACGACGAAGAAAUCUUCCCCGACUCAUUCACCUUCAAGCCCGAGCGGUGGCUCAACGAUCCCGUCGCGCCUGACGGCCGCAAACUCACCCGCUACCUGGUCUCAUUCGGCCGAGGAACCCGCUCCUGUCUGGGUAUUAACCUCGCCUACGCGGAAAUGUACAUUUCGCUCGCGAACGUGUAUCGGAACUUCGACUUUGAGUUAUUCGAAACAGGCCGCGAGUCGGUCGAUGUUUACCGAGAUAUGUUUCUCCCGCAUGCAAAACCGGGAACGGAGGGGGUGAGAGUGAGGGUUUUCUGAGGGUUUCUUUGUUCAUCUGGAUAGGAGGGUGGUGAGGGGGUAUAUAUUCAUGUUUGUUGGUUCGUAUAUGAGUUGCCCAAUUAGCUACUAUCAGAUUGAGACCGUUUCUCUAACCCAAUUUAUAUAUUCAUAACCUCAACCUCAUCAAAUAUACGUCCCAACCCCACCCCAUUACA